CUAUUAACACUAUCGCAGGUCUCUUCAUUUUAGCAGAGAAGCAGUUAGGGUUUUGAGUUCCUAAGGCGGAGCUAGUGUUCAGGGAGAUCCCUCAGAUCCUAGUCAUGGCGGCACCUGCGAAGGUCUUAUCUCAGAAGGAAGCCGAUAUCCAAAUGAUGUUGGCUGCCGAUGUCCAUUUAGGGACUAAGAACUGUGAUUUUCAGAUGGAAAGAUACGUCUUCAAGAGAAGAAGUGAUGGGAUCUUCAUCAUUAAUCUGGGGAAGACCUGGGAGAAGCUCCAAUUGGCAGCUAGGGUGAUUGUAGCUAUUGAAAACCCUCAGGAUAUAAUUGUUCAAUCUGCGAGGCCCUAUGGCCAGAGGGCUGUUUUGAAGUUUGCACAGUUCACAGGUGCUCACCCAAUUGCGGGUAGGCACACUCCAGGAACAUUCACUAACCAGCUCCAAACAUCUUUCAGUGAGCCUAGGUUACUAAUCCUUACCGAUCCUAGAACGGAUCAUCAGCCAAUCAAGGAAGCUGCCUUAGGAAACAUUCCAACCAUUGCUUUCUGUGACACGGAUUCCCCCAUGCGGUAUGUGGAUAUUGGUAUUCCUGCCAAUAACAAGGGAAAGCACAGCAUUGGUUGUUUGUUCUGGUUGUUGGCAAGGAUGGUUCUACAAAUGCGUGGGACUAUUCGUCCUGGGCUGAAAUGGGAUGUGAUGGUAGAUUUAUUUUUCUACAGGGAGCCUGAGGAGGCCAAAGAACUAGAAGAAGAUGAGAUGGGUGCUCCGCCCGAAUAUGGAGUUGCAGCAGAGUACUCAGCAGCUGCGCUUGGCCUUCCGGGUGACCAAUGGCCUACACAAAUUCCAGAUGCACAGUGGGCGCCAGAAAUGGCUACCCCAGGUCCUCUUCCUCCUGCUCCCAAUGCUGAAUGGCCUGCAGCUCCAGUUCCUUUAACAGGAGACGGAUGGGAUCAGGCAGCUGCUCCAAUUAUAGCCACACCUGGAGAUGAUGCUGUUCCUCCCCCCACUGGAUGGGACAGUUAAAGGGCUACAAUUUUGUGAACAGUUCAGGUUUAGAAAUCUUGUUUUUGACUUGUAACAGGAUACUCUUGUCUUUCUCAAAUUAAACAGUUGUCUUUCUUAGGUAAGGUAUAUGGUGUUCCUGCCCCUACUGAAUGGGACAGUUUUAAGGGCUACAAUUUUGUGAACUGCUUUUGACUUUUAUAGUAGCAUAAUUUGGUCUUUCUCAAAUUAAACAGUUGUCUUUCUCAGAUGAGGCUAUCUGUUUUAUUGUUUUUUGGAUGUUAUUUGGUAUGUAUAGCUUAGGUUUGGAGCUUUCUUUAGAAUUUAAAUGUUAGCUCAAUAUAUAUCUUUAGCU